GCCCUUUCCUAUAUUUCCAUCCAAUCGAUUGAGGCUGAUGGAGUUUCAACCCUAGAUUUGAUGAUCAUCGCGGUGGUGAAAGCUACAGACCUGCUGGCUCUAGAGGUUAUAGUCGUCGCAGCAGAUCACCUCCCAGGGUUCGAUCUCCACGUCUCGUCGCGGACACAUGGGUUCCCAGUAAUCGGACAUAUGGCCGUGCUCGUAGUCGGUCACCGGCUCCUUCCAGGCGUCGCCCUUCACGUAGCCCUCAUUUCUACAGUCGAGAUACUGUACUGGGCUCUUAUCAGAAGACAUCCUCUCCACCCCGCCGUUUCUCGCCCAGGAGGGAAGGCAGAAAUCGAUCACCACAUCAGUCACUGUGGCGAUCAAGAUCACCUUAUGGCGAUGGCCCGUAUCGGGAGAUGAGUUGGGGCCGAAGCACCCCGAAAAGAUUGCGAGAAGCGUCGCCCCCCGGUCGAAAUUUCAGGCAACCCCGUAGAGAGCGUCCUUCUCUCCCCGCAGACAAGUAUUCAAAAGCUGAACUACCAGCUCGAGAUAGCAGUGGCCGCACCCCCCUACUGCACCGACCACGCAGUCCUUUACACACAGUCCGCAGAGAUCGGGCACCAGAGUUUGGCGUAUCUCAAAAGCGGUCAUCACCAUCUGCCAAGGGUGAACCAUCUCCAGCGCACACGUCGGCCUCUGCUUCUUUACCCAACUCAAGACGGUCAUCUCCGGUCAAUGAGAGAUCCAACGCCUUUCCCGACCAAAUCCGGGCUCGCUCUCCGUCGCAUCGUACACCUAUUUGCUAUCAACCUAGAAACUCAGAUUAUCCAAGAUUACGCGAAGAUCCCCCAGGUUCGUUGACAGAUAAGCCCAGGCAUGAGGAAGUAAGAUCAAGGGUGCCUGCCCCAGACCAUGCGCGCACCGCUACAGAGAGGCGAGGUACAGACCGAGAUGACCGACGUCGGUCUUCCGAUGCCCAGUUCACUGGAAAAGCACACAUGCCCGCUGCUUUUCAUCCCAAUAGUGUCCCAACACAGCCGAAAGCUUACAACGCCGCACAAUCCCAAGCGCCACCGUCCGGUCCUUCACACGGCCUCAGAGUUUUGCCGCAGCAAAAUCGCGGGUCGAACAUUUCUUUACUAUCAGCCCCGACUCGGCCCCGUGGUGGUGCGAGCUUCAAAGAUAAUUCCUGGUUAGCAACGUCAGCGCGUCGCGGAGGUGCAUCUAUUGGACUCCACGGAGCUCCUCCGACUGGCCCGCGCAGCAGUUUGCCCCCUACAACACCAAUAGCCGAGACAAAUCGACAAUCGUCUGGCAGACAGAAUAGUGUCCCUGGGCAUACUCACUCGCGCGUGCAGAAGAUUCCUAACCACUUAUCCGGACUACGUGCAAUUGUAACUGAAGGCAGACCCUUUUCCUCUGGCCUCAACAUCCUUAUGGAAAAGCGCCUCUCUCAAUUGGAUAUCGAUAAAGACAGACUCAUUGAGCAGACAAUUGACCAUCGGAGACUGAUUCGCCUUGGUGCGCACGACUGGGACAAACUGGACAGAGAAAUUGCUAUUUGUGCGCUGAAGAGCGAAUUGGCAGAGGGGCAUCUGCAGCGAAUUAGUGAUAGUGAUAGCAUACACCUUAGCACGACAUUCUAAGGUAUGCGAACUCGGACUUUGAUUUCCCGAGUUGUGACUUUGUGAUAUGUGUUGUGGGGUUGUUCCGGCAGACUCUUUGUUAGGUUCCGUAUGGAGGACAUGUAGCUUCUGGUCUCACUGGCUAGACUUUUGCCUAUUAACAGCACUGCUAUCAAAUGUGUAG